AUGAUCCUUACCCUUGCCGUCUCCGGAUACCGAUCCUUGAGGGAUCUUGUUCUGCCGUUGGAUCGGAUCACGCUGGUGACCGGUGCAAACGGCAGCGGCAAAUCCAGUCUUUACCGCUCGAUCCGGCUGCUUGCGGAAGUGGCGCAGGGGCAGGCAAUUGCAUCGCUGGCCGCCGAAGGUGGACUGCAGUCCACCUUGUGGGCCGGGCCGGAAGCCUUUUCAAGAAGGAUGAAGAGUGGCGAGGUGCCUGUGCAGGGUACCGUACGCAAGAACGUGGUGAGCCUGAAGCUCGGGUUCGCGGAUGAAGAUUAUGGCUAUGCAAUCGAUCUUGGACUGCCGGCGGAUGCAGGACGCUCGCUGUUUUCGAUGGACCCGGAGAUCAAGGCAGAAGCCCUGUGGGCAGGCGAGGCCCUGUCGCGCUCGAACGAGAUCGCCGGCAGAAACGGGCCGACGGCGAAGGUCCUGAACAGCCAGGGGCAACGGAUACCCGUCUACCAGAAUCUUGCCCGCUUCGACAGCAUGAUGACCCAUGCCGCAGAUCCGAAGGACGGACUGGAACUUCUUGUAAUGCGUGAGCGCAUGCGCGCCUGGCGGUUCUAUGAUCAUCUUCGGACAGACCGGGAUGCACCCGCCCGUUUUCCCAGAAUUGGAACAAGAACACCUGUUCUGAGCGCUGAUGGCGGUGAUCUUGCCGCUGCACUGCAGACCAUUUUGGAAAUCGGUGACGAAGUCGCGCUGGGCGAAGCAAUCGACGAUGCAUUUCCAGGCGCCUCGAUCAACGUGACCGUCAAUGAGGGUUACUUCGAACUGUUCAUGACGCAAAGGGGGUUGUUGCGGCCGCUUCGAUCGAGCGAGCUUUCGGAUGGCACGUUGCGGUAUCUGUUGCUGACGGCAGCUCUUUUGUCACCGCGUCCGGCUCCCCUGAUCGUCUUGAACGAACCCGAAACCAGCCUCCAUCCUGACCUGCUGGAACCUCUGGCCCGGCUGAUUGCGAGAGCUGCGGAAAAGACCCAGGUCAUUGUGGUGUCCCACGCACAUGAUCUGGUUGGCACACUUGCAAAGCUCUCCGGCUGCGUGCGCUACGAGUUGCGCAAGGAACUGGGGGAAACGGUUGUCGACGCGGAAGAAUUGCCUCGUUGGAACUGGCCGAAACGCUAA